CCUAUUCAAUAAAAAAAUGAAUCUGUAAAUUUGAAUCUCAAGUCAGAAAAAACAAAACAUUAGAAGAUUUGAGGAAGAAAUAAACCAAAGUAGCAGUUACAGACAGAUUGGUAGCAAGCAAGUACCAAACAAAAACAACAACCAAAUUCUUAACUUGGCUUAGCCUUGUUGGAUUCUGGUAAACUCUGAAACCCUCACCCCAAAAACCUACACAUCAUUUCAAACCAAACCCAACCAAACCAAACCAAAUUGUUCUUAUUUUCAUCAAUAAUUAUAGUAAUUGCAAUAAUGUGUUAGAAACUUGAAAUCUUUGGCUGAAAGGGAACCAGGGAGGAUCAUGGGGAGGAGGGACCCAUCUGGUGCUACCAGUCUUGAGGUCAAGGUUCAUCCACGCCAUGGGGACACCGCCGCCGCUCACCCCGGACGGGGCCCUCCGCCGCCCGUUCCCGAUCGCGACUUCAGCCUCUUCAAGCGGUGGUUCCCGUGGCUUGUUCCGACCUUUGUGGUGGCCAACAUUGCCGUGUUUCUUGUCACCAUGUAUGUGAAUGAUUGCCCUAAGCAUUCCCUGCGUGAUUCCUGCGUUGCUUCGUUUCUGGGUAGAUUCUCCUUUCAGCCCCUCAAGGAGAAUCCCCUCUUUGGUCCUUCUUCCUCCACAUUAGAGAAGAUGGGUGCUAUGGAAGUUGAUAAAGUGGUUCAUAGACACCAGGUUUGGCGUCUCUUCUCUUGCAUGUGGUUGCACGGUGGGGUCGUCCAUGUGCUUGCCAACAUGUUGAGUCUUGUUUUUAUCGGAAUUCGGCUUGAGCAAGAAUUUGGAUUUGUUCGAAUUGGAUUUGUGUAUGUGAUAUCUGGUUUUGGAGGGAGUUUGUUGUCUGCUCUAUUCAUACAAUCAGGCAUCUCGGUUGGUGCUUCCGGUGCGUUAUUUGGCUUACUAGGAGGGAUGCUGUCAGAGCUAUUAAUAAAUUGGACAAUAUAUGCCAAUAAGUUCGCAGCGUUGUUGACUCUUACGGUCAUUAUUGUAAUCAAUUUAGCUGUUGGGAUCCUUCCACAUGUGGACAAUUUUGCACACAUUGGAGGAUUUGUCUCCGGCUUUCUUCUUGGGUUUGUCUUUCUGAUUCGUCCACAGUUUAAAUGGAUUAGCCAAAGAAAUCAUAGUGCUGGGUAUGCUGCACCUUCUGUGAAACAUAAGCACAAACCUUAUCAGUAUGCACUGUGGAUCAUCUCUUUCACAUUACUGACUGCUGGAUUGAUUACUGGGCUGGUUUUGCUCCUUCGAGGUGUUGACAUGAAUGAUCGUUGCUCCUGGUGUCAUUAUUUAAGUUGUGUCCCUACCUCAAAAUGGAGCUGCCAAAAUCAAAAUAUUUACUGUGAGACAACACAAAUAGGAAACCAACUCAACAUAACAUGCUUGAGCAAUGGGAAAAGUGACAUGUUUCCUCUGCCUAGCUCUUCUGAGGCUCAACAACUAUGUUCUCAACUUUGCAGUUGAUAGACACACAUGAACCACUUCGUGGUGCGAUGUCAGUCAACAACUUGUGCAUAUGAUUCAUUCUUGGUAGUGCAGAGAAAUUCUUUCUUCUGGAUUGGUGAUGGUUGAUAUGUCCGCCAUCGUGAGCAUAUUCUUGUCAGCGCUAUUUCCAUCUCUUAGUUAUGAAUUACUGUGUGCUAUUAUUCUUUUGUAGCAGGAGAGGGGAGGAGUGGAAGUUGUAUUUGGUUUAAAAAGAAAAUUAACUCUUAAAGAUUGUAAAUGCUGUCAAAUGGAUGGAUCCAAAAACAAAUUGCAUGCUUUAGAUUAUGAGCUUACAGGUAAAUUCUUUUUGUUUAAA